AUGAAGCCGCUGUCCGUGUUUGCGGCGCCGCUGCUCACUGCUGUGGCAGACGCUGCCCCGUCGGCUCCUGAAUCCUCCCACAAGGUCUCUAAGGUCCCUUUACAGCUCGACGUCCGAGCCGAGUUGGCCGCCUCCCCUCCUCACUAUCCGUCGCCAUGGAUGAACCCACAGGCGCCUGGCUGGGAAGACGCAUACGCAAGGGCCAAGGCCUUUGUGUCGCAGAUGACUCUUGUCGAAAAGGUCAAUUUGACGACAGGCACUGGAUGGAUGAGCGACAAUUGCGUUGGCAAUGUUGGAGCCGUCCCGCGAUUGGGUCUCCGAGCUCUGUGCAUGCAGGACGGUCCGUUAGGCAUUCGCUUCUCCGACUACAACAGCGCUUUCCCCGCCGGCAUUACUGCUGGCGCGACAUGGUCCGAGUCCCUUUGGAGGGCCCGUGGCAAGGCAAUGGGUUCCGAGUCCAAGAGGAAGGGCGUUGAUGUGGUUCUUGGUCCCGCUAGCGGCCCUCUUGGCCGUGCCCCUACCGGCGGCCGUAACCCCGAGGGAUUCGGAAGUGAUCCUUACCUUCAGGGCAAGGGCCUCGCCAACACCGUUGUUGGUAUUCAGGAUGCGGGAGUCAUUGCCUGCGCCAAACACUUCAUCGCCAAUGAGCAGGAACACUUCCGACAAGUUGGCGAGUCCACUCCGCGGGGGUUCAACAUUUCCGAGAGUCUAUCUUCCAACCUCGACGACAAGACCCUGCACGAAGAUUAUGCUUGGCCAUUUGCCGAUGCAGUCAGGGCUGGCGUCGGUUCCAUCAUGUGCUCCUACAACCAGGUCAACAACUCCUACGCGUGCCAGAACUCCAAGCUCCUCAAUGGCGUUCUCAAGGACGAAAUGGGCUUUCAGGGAUUUGUCAUGAGUGACUGGCAGGCUCAGCACGCGGGUGCCGCCACCGCAGUCGCUGGUCUCGACAUGAGCAUGCCCGGCGACACAGAGUUCAAUACCGGCUACAGCUACUGGGGCGGAAACUUGACUCUGGCCGUCAUCAACGGCACCGUGCCCGCCUACCGUGUCGACGACAUGGCCAUGCGAAUCAUGGCUGCUUUCUUCAAGGUCGGCAUGACUCUCGGCGAGCAGGUCCCGACCAACUUCAACUCAUGGACCCGCGACACUUUUGGCUACCACCAUGCCGCCGCAAGGGAGAACUGGGAGCAGGUCAACUUCCAGGUCGAUGUCCGCGACGACCAUGCCGCCCACAUUCGCGAGUCUGCUGCCAAAGGAACCGUCGUCCUCAAGAACACCGGAUCCCUGCCGCUGCACAAGCCCAAGUUCCUUGCUGUCAUUGGCGAGGAUGCUGGGCAGAAUCCCAAGGGUCCCAACGGCUGCGAAGACCGCGGAUGUGACGACGGCACCUUGGCCAUGCUCUGGGGCUCCGGCACCUCGCAGUUCCCUUAUCUCAUCACCCCCGACAGUGCGCUCCAGCGUCAGGCCAUCGAGGACGGCUCUCGAUAUGAGAGCGUCCUCAGCAACUACCAAUGGGCGGCUGCUCAGAAGGUCGUCGCCCAACCCAACGUCACCGCCGUCGUUUUUGUCAACGCACACAGCGGGGAGGGCUACAUCGACGUUGACAACAACGCCGGUGACCGCAAGAACCUGACCCUGUGGAAGAAUGGCGACGAUUUGAUCAAGAACGUUUCCUCCAUCUGCCGCAACACGAUUGUUGUCAUGCACACUGUUGGCCCCGUUCUCGUCACCGACUGGUACCGGAACCCCAACAUUUCUGCCAUUGUUUGGGCCGGUCUGCCCGGGCAGGAGUCUGGCAACGCCAUCACUGACAUCCUCUACGGCAAGGCCAGCCCCGGACGUUCUCCGUUCACCUGGGGUCCAAGUCGAGAGAGCUACGGCACCGACGUCCUGUACAAGCCCAACAACGGCAAGGGUGCCCCUCAGCAGGACUUCACCGAAGGUUCCCUCAUCGACUACCGCCACUUUGAUCGGGUUGCGCCCAACAAGAGCAGCCCCGGUGCUCCCAUUUACGAAUUCGGCUUUGGCCUGUCGUGGUCCACUUUCGAGUACUCCAACCUCAAGGUCGAGAAGCACAAUGCGGGCCCCAUGUCGCCGCCCGAGGGGAAAACGAUGGCCGCCCCGACGUUUGGCCGCCACAGCACCGACCUCAAGGACUACGCCUUCCCCCGGUCCGUUCGCUACAUCAGCCAGUUCAUCUACCCCUGGCUCAACACGACCGCCUCUGCCAAGGAGGCGUCGGGCGACCCUCGCUUUGGCCAGACUGCGGAACAAUUCCUGCCGCCCGGGGCCGCGGACGGGUCGCCCCAGCCCAGGCUCGCGUCUUCCGGCGAGCCCGGCGGCAACCGCCAGCUGUGGGACACCAUGUACACGGUCUCGGCGACAAUCACCAACACGGGCAAGCGCGUGAGCGACGAAGUUGCCCAGCUGUACAUCAGCCUCGGCGGCGAGAAGGAGCCGGUACGUGUCCUCCGCGGCUUCGACCGCAUCGAGGGCAUCGCGCCCGGGCAGCGCGUCACGUUCCGCCACGACAUCGCGCGGCGCGACAUUAGCAACUGGGACACGGUGUCCCAGAACUGGGUCGUCACCAAGGCCCCCAAGAAGGUGUUUGUCGGGAGCAGCUCGAGAAACCUCGCCCUGAGCGCGGACCUCGACUGA